AUGCAGCUUCUUGAACGUUUAGAGAUGAUGCAUGUGGGCAUUUUUCAUUUCAACCUAUGGAACCCACUAAGGAAUGAAUCUCUUUUCGACGGUUUGUCCAACCUCAGGACUUUGAAUCUGAGCAAAAAUCUAUUAUCGAAUUUAGGAGGUGGAGAUACUUUGCCUCCGGGAGUUCUGCAACAGCUCUCAGCUUUAGAAAAUCUUAACUUAGAAGACUGUGAUCUUUCAGACAUUCAUCCAGGAGCCUUCACAGGAGUGAAAUCGCUUCAAGUUUUAAUACUGAGAAAUAACAAACUUGAACAGUUACCGGUUACUCUAUUCCAGAAAUUAAUUCAGAUAACAACAAUCGAUCUAAAUGGCAACUUUCUGACGGCCUUCGAGAGAGAUAAUUUUUUGAGUAACCGACAGCUAAAAGUACUUCUUCUUUCAAAUAACAAGUUAACUCGUUUUGACCAAAGUGCCUUCAAACCGAUCUAUUCCUCUCUUUUAUCGAUCGAUGUUUCGAUGAAUCCUAUAAGCUGUAACUGUGAUCUAAGUUGGCUCAUGAACUGGUUAAGCAGAUCACUUAUCCUCCAGAAUUCCAAAAAAACUAUUUGCGCAUCGGAUUCUUUAGAGCCUCUACAGAACCAGCACUUGAUUAAUUUUGAUCCUAAAGAUUUUUGCAGCAUCGACAUCGUCCCCAUCCUCCUUCCUUCCCUAGCAAUCAUUUGCCUAAUUUUAAUCGUUGGAAUCACUUAUCACAACCGUUGGCAGUUAAGGUACAAAUUGUUUCUUGUAAAACUAGCAGCCAUUGGCUACAAAGAGAUGCGAGAUGCUCGGGAUCAUAAUGACUAUGAGUUUGAUCUGAACGUCAUCUUUUAUGAUGACGAUGAAGACUGGAUUCGCGAACAUCUCCAACCGGCUAUGGCAGAAAGGCUUCCGCAAUUUCAGAGAAAUGUCUUUGGCGAUGAUGAACUCGUGCUGGGAAUGUAUUACUUAGACGCAGUUGACUACGUGGUGAGCCACAGUUACAAGACCGUCGUUAUCCUCAGCAGAGCUGCAGUUCGUGAUCGAUGGUUUAUACUUAAAUUCCGUACAGCAAUGGACCAUGUCAGCGAUACCGGAACAGAAUUCGUAGUGGUGAUCUUCCGUGAGGACAUCUCAGAUGAUGAGAUGCCAUUCUUGGUGAGAUUGUUCCUCAGCGAUGGCAGACCUUAUAUUUACUGGACAGAUGAUGUGAGAGGACAGGAGUAUUUCUUCAAAGAAUUGACCAAACAUCUUACCAUUAAUCUUCGCACCAAUGAUAGACUACCUGUCGAAUAA